UGCUGAUCGUCCGGAUGUGAUUUGCAUAAUUUGAUCAAAUGGUCUUGUUGGUUCUACUGCUGCUGCUCGUGGUCGUGCACCUAGCAGCACUGCAUUGACUAAUAUUGGUAUUCGGAUAACAGAAAAAGAAGCCUAGCCUGAGUCCAACACGUGAAAAAUGGAGGACUUCCUCAGCCGUAAUUGAUAUCUACUGCUUGUGUGCGUCUUCUAGUGGUGAGAAAGUAGAAUAUGCUAAAUCUGAUCGUGCUUGAUGAACCAUAUAUCACCACCAGAACCAGGUGAACUACUAAAAAAUAAGGCUAAUACAUGCUAAAAAGACUACCCCUCCUGCGGUACUAUCUAAGCAUAAUGUGAUCGGAAGGGUGGAGCUGGUGCUGGAGCAUUUCUAGGCAAAACCUAGACGACACAUUGAGGCAAAUAACAGAUAUUCAAAAAAAUGUCUUGUAGAAUAUUUCGUGACGAGGAGGAAAGUCGUUUCCGUUUGUAGUCCUAAAAUAGAUGCACCUAUUAAGAGCGAAGAACAAUUGAGUAGGUGUGACCCUGUACCUGGCCCAAGCAAAGUGUCAUCUACUUUUGCGAGGAUGCAGAUGCAUCGAGAACGUGUAGCAUAUUUUUAAUUUUGUUAUCGUGAUCAGACGCAGACCCUGACUGACCACGAUGACGACCUGACGAGGAGCACCCGCGUUGAGUUAGACAUAGAAUGCUCUUCUUUUACUUUUGUUAUCGACAUUCCAAGUCGUCACGCUAUCAAUGAUGUGAGCUUGUCUUCAGCACAUGCAUACUCAUGUGUUCAAAGCAUAUUAUCACUUUUAAAUCCCUUUCACAUCCCUAAAACAUAUAUAACAAUUUUCGCCACCCGCCUAUCCACCCUUCGGACCUGCAAUUUAACACCGAGGUGUAGCUUCAAUCGUGCAGAAGCUUGCUCUUAGUCUAUGUUCUGCUUUCUGUCGUCGUGCGCAAACAGAACACACACAUCAGCAGAACUUUUCUGUAGAUGACUCAAGCUAUUAAUUUUGAUUUUAAUACUACAGCGAGCAUUCUUGAGGCCGAGCUGAACCUGAAGCUACCUUCGAUGAUAUGUCGCCAUGCGUCAUCACCUACUGGAAACUCGAACUAAAGAAUGUUGUUGGCCAUGUUUAUUUACGCAAAUAAUUAGUGUCGACCGCUCUUCUUGUGUUACUUGGUGUUCUUCUACGUUUUCAGGCUAGCGCAGGGCUGUCAUGCGCUCCUGUUAGGUGUAUUACAUGCGCCCGCCUUGUCUCGU